UCAGGUAAGAGGCGCGCAUGAGCAACAGAGUAUCAAGGUCCUUUUUCGCCAGCGGUAAAGCCCGAUGACGUCACUGCAGGGCGGCAAUAGAGGGAGGAAAGGGGGCUUGGCUUGGUUGGUGACCGGAAACAAUUGGUCGGAAUGGACGGGGCGUGGCAAUGACAGCUGCCUCAGGUGAGGCAGAGGAGGAAACGUGUCCCUCUCCGCUCUCCGUAGCGUCCUGGUGACGUCACUCCGGGGCCUAGUCGACAUGGUGGACCGCGGGGGAGUAGCGGCAACCGCCGCCGUUUCAUUCACUCCUUCAGCGAUGGAGGAAUGGUGCUGUUUGGGGUGUGGCGAGAACGUGGCACCCGGACAGCGGCUCUAUCGGACCGUGAACGAAGCUUGGCACGCCUCUUGCUUCCGCUGCUCCGAAUGCCAGGACCUCCUCACCAACUGGUAUUACGAAAAGGACAGCACGCUCUACUGCCGCAAGGACUACUGGCGCAAGUUCGGCGAGUCUUGCCACGGAUGUUCGCUCCUGAUGACCGGACCUGUCAUGGUGGCCGGCGAAUACAAGUACCACCCGGAAUGCUUCACCUGCAUGAGCUGCAAGGCCAUCAUCGAAGAUGGCGACACUUAUGCCUUGGUGCAGCACGCUUUGCUCUACUGCGGGAAAUGUCACCGCCAGAUGGUCCUCACGCCGAUGACUUACACCCUGACACAGGUCUCCAUGGCCGCCGUGGCAGAUGGCCGCCGCAGGGGCUUCACUGUUGCCGUGGAGAGUGGGCACUCCUCCUACGCCACCAGCGUCCAGGUCAAGGACGUCAUCCGGGCGGACAUCGGCGCCGACAUUCAGAAUGCCAUCCACCCGGGAGACCGCAUCCUGGAGAUCAACGGGAACCCUGUCCGGACGCUGCGGGUGGGAGAGGUGGAGGGCCUGAUCCACGAGGCGACCCAGACUCUGCAGCUCCUCAUUGAACAUGACCCCGUCUCCCAGCGCCUUGACCGCCUCCAGCUGGAUGCCCAGAGGAUGACCGGCCGCGCAGAGACCGCCGCUGCCGCCGCUGAGACCACCCUGGACCUGAAGGAGGACUUGGAAGGGACGCUGAGGCGGCGCUCUCUCAGGUAAGACCUCAAAAUGGCCUCUCUAGGAACACUUCCCUAGGAAUCUCUGGGUCCUCUAUGGUCGGCGUUCGUUCCUCUGCCGCCAUCUUUUUUGCACCAGGAGGAGCAACAGCAUUUCAAAGUCACCGGGGCCCAGUUCGCCAAAGGAGCCGCUCCUCUUGAGCCGCGACAUCAGCCGUUCCGAAUCCCUGCGCUCCUCGACCAGCGGAUCCCAACAGAUCUUCCGGCCGUGC